GCUUAGCUUGUUAGCUUAGCUCGCAAAGAAACGCCUGCUCGAGCAAGCGCGAGUGUAAAGUGAAAGUGUCUAGGGUACAAAUACCGAGCGCGUGGGUGGAUCGGCGACUCGCUGCGGCUGUCCCAAAUAUUUGGACAGUUGGGAAAAGCGAUGGCAGAGUUCGAGGUGGAACUUUCUCGAACAAAAGAGGAGCGACAAAAACAACUACUGGACGCUGUUUUCAAGAAGUCUCUACAAGUUGUGUUACGCAGAGCAGACGUCAGUGAAGAACAUCAUCCCCUCAAGCGGCAGGAGGAGCUGCAGCCCCCUUACAUUAAAGAGCAAAAGGAGGCGCUACAGCCCCCCCACAUUAAAGAGGAAGAGAAGGAACACAGCAUCAGUCAGGAGGGAGAGCAGCUUGACGGACUGGAGGAGUUCCCAGUGAUUGUUGUCCUUGUGAAGAGUGAAGAUGAAGAAGGAGGUCAAAGUGAGGAGAAGAGCGAGGUGGAGCUUUCACAUCGACACGUGACAACAGAAGCUGACGGAGACCACUGUGGAGGAUCACAAGCAGACGCCCUCUCAGCUCCGCCAUCAGAGAGUGACGACGCAACAUCGCACUCUCCUGAUGCUGUGUGUUGUCACGCUGACCGCAGGUGCUGGAAAUGCUCUCAGUGUGGCAAAUCCUUUAACCGCAAGACACAUUUGGACAGCCACAUUAUGAUCCACACGGGAGAAAAACCCUUUUUUUGCCCGGUUUGUGGGAAGAGAUUCUCCCGGAGGGGAACUUUGACAGUACACACGAGAACGCACACUGGAGAGAAACCUUUUCCCUGUGCAGUGUGCGGUAUCGGUUUUAUACAAAAGGCUAAGUUGGAAAGACACAUGAGAAGACACACCGGGGAAAAACCUUUUACCUGCUCCGUGUGUGGUAAAAGAUUCUCGCAGAAGGCACAUUUGAUGACACACACAAGAAUACACACUCGGGAAAAACCUUUCACCUGUUCAGUGUGUGGUUUAAGCUUUGGACGAAAAGAUAAGCUGGAAAGACACAUGAGAAUACACACCGGGGAGAAACCUUUCACCUGUUCCGUGUGUGGUAAAAGAUUCACGCAGAAGACGCAUUUGAUGGCACACACAAGAGUACACACGAGGGGGAAACCUUUCACCUGUUCAGCGUUGUGCGGAAUGGAUAUUUGACACGCUGGGGAAAAACUUCAUACCUGCUCGUUCUGUGGCGUAUGAUAUGCUAACGAGUUAGAUUUGACGGAACAUUUGAGGGUACACACUGAAGAGGAAGCUUUCACCCAUUCAGUCUGUGGUUUAGACUGAACUCUAGACGCCUUCUGUGGUAUUUGCGCUUGAAUUUUUCCACCAUCGAGACAACUUAGCCUCAAAAUGGGUUCUUGCUGCCUUUUGUUUAGCCUACUGCUGAAAUUGAUUAUUAUUAUGAUCUUAUUUAGCAUUUUAGCACGUAUGAGUCUACAUUUCUGUCCCCCAGUGGGGGCAUGGGCGAAAAUAGUUGAGAACCGCUGCUAUAAGGUGAUGAUUGUGUUGAAAUCGUUACACUGUAUUCUAUUGCUGUCUUUAUGUAUUGUUCACGAGUAAGGUUGUUUCUUUGUCCCGUUUUAUGCUGAUUAUAAUGAAGUUUAACAAAUGAAAAGCCUUGUCCGCAACUGGGUCCUCCAGCUGCCUGGAGGGCGCCAAACACUCGAACGUACGCGUUACAUCCCGCCCACUUCCUGUUGACGCAUCUCGUGCUAGCUUAGCUUGUGAGCAGCUGGUAACAAAGAGACGCGGAAGUUGGCAACACAUCGCCAAGCAGAAGUGAAGUGUCGUGAUUGUGUGGAAGUGUCUAACGUACAAAGACUGCCAACGCGGGCGAAUCAGCGACCAACCGCAGAAGGUUGCAAAGGACGAUGGCAGAGUUCGAGGAGGAACUCGAACGAGGAGGAAAAGCGCACGAGCGACAAAAUCUACUGGACGCCGUUUUCAAGAAGUCUCUGCAAGUCGUGUUACACAGAGCAGACGUCAGUGAAGGACGUCUCCAUCAGCAGGGGUGGAGCUCCAGUCCGCAGCCCCCCCGCGUUAAGGAAGAAGAGGAGACACAGCCCCCCUACGUUAAAGAGGAAGCGGAGGAUCCAGAACCCCCCCAUAUUAAAGAAGAAGAAGAGGAGCCACAGACCACCCACGUUAAAGAGGAAGCUGAGGAAGGUCGCAUCAGUCGGCAGGGAGAGCGUCAUGAAAGGCUGGAGGUGUCCCCGGCGAUUGGUGUCCAUGUGAAGAGUGAAGAUGAUGAAGAUAAAGGUUGGAGUGGGGAGAAGAGAGAAGAGGCGGAGCCUCCAAGCAGCCCUUCAAUUCAACACAUAACAGAAGCUGACGGAGGAGCACAAGCAGACAGACUCUUAGCUUCACUCCCAGAUAAAUACGACGCAAUUUCAGUCUCUCCCGACACCGACGACGAAGACUCGAAGGCUGACGUGACGUCUCACCCUGACAACACACGCUGGAAAUGCUCUCAGUGUGGCAGAACGUUGAGCAACAAGUCAAAUCUAGUUGCACACAUGAAGACCCACACCGGAGAGAAACCAUUCAUGUGCUCCAUUUGUGGCAAUAGCUUCUCUAGGAAAGCAAGUUUGACAGUACACACGAGAAUCCAUUCUGGAGAGAAACCGUAUACCUGUUCAGUGUGUGGUGGAGGUUUUAGACGAACAUAUGAUUUGAAAGUACACUUGAGAAUUCACGCCGGGGAAAAACCCUUCAAAUGCUCGGUGUGUGGUAAAAGCAUGACGCGAAAAUACGAUAUGAAAGUUCACGAGAAGACACACUGGGGAAAAAGCCUUUACCUGCUCAGUGUGUGGUAAAAGAUUUCCACAGAAAGGACUUUUGGAAACCCAAGAAUACACACUAGAGAUAAAAGUUUUACCUCUUCACUGUGUGCUUUCAGUUUUUACGAAAUGAACGUUUGAAAAGACACUUGAGGACACACAUUGAAAAGAAACCGUUCGUCUGUGCGGGAAAUUAUUCGGAUGACAUAAAUAGUUCGGCCUCGCCAUUUUUGACACCUCGGUGUGAAGUCGCAGUUUACAUGCACAAUCUUUCACGUGCCUUGGCCAAACGCUGGCUGCCUCCUCAACACAAGCGGGGCGAUUUUGGUCAUUAUUUAGGUGUGUGUAGAGCAGGCGUCGUCAGCCCAAACUGAUUCUACUUGUUUUACCAGCAUAUUAAUAAAAUGUUGGUAUCCACAAGGCCCAUUUUGUAUUAAAAAUCAACUGUCUGCAUUUUGUAUUGCAGAGUUCAUUUCUCUCUAGUGUUGCAGCUAUGGGCCGCAUUCUCUAGCCUAUUUGUGCUCUGCGCUCAUUUGCUUAUCAAGUCAGAUGGGCGCCCUCUACAGGUGGGAUUCUGACGCCCCCGUGCUGCUCGCGAAGACAGUGCAUCAAACCAAACCGAGCAGUAAGAGGGGUGAGUUCAUCGCUGGGCCUCAGCCGUUCGGUUAAUUACAAGGUAAAGUAAAUUACAACUGUAAUUGCUGAAAAAUAAAUCGCACUUUAUUCUUAAUAAUGUGUCAUAUUGACUAUAUCGCUGGCCAAGAGUCGAAAAUAUGAGUUGGUUUAGCUUUGAUUGCUUGUGGAGGUGUCGACUGUGUCAACAAAACAUGGAAAAGAGAAAGUGAAAGCCAGCGGGUGCAAAGUAUGGCACCAUAACAUCGCUGUAUGUUAGCAUAACCAGUGACGUGUGCAGAGACGCUGUUGAAGUAACGAGGAGGUGGUUGAUCUUUAUUGCAAAUAAACGGAUGGAUGUCGGCCGGAAGCACGUCAGAGCACAGCUACACAACUAUCGUACGGUGGUCCCACCCCCUGGUGCGUUCAGGGCAACCCAAAACAGUCAGACUAACACAGAGCACAACCACGUGUCACAGG